AUGUUGAGAAGAAAUACUAGAUUGAGGAAAUAUUUGUACAGAAAUAGCUUAGAAGGCAAAGAACGCCUUAUCUACGAGAAGAUGCGCAAGAUUAGAGAAGCUCUGCAAGAGGGAAAACCGAUUCCCACUGAGCUUCGGAAUGAAGAGGCGGUGCUUCGUUGA